AGAAGAGCAGACAAGAAUGAUGAUGGAAAACUGUCCUUUGAUGAAUUCAAAGCUUACUUUGCUGAUGGAGUUCUGAGUGGAGAAGAACUGCAUGAACUUUUUCACACCAUUGAUACACACAAUACCGACAAUCUUGACACAGAAGAGCUCUGCGAAUAUUUUUCGCAGCACUUAGGAGAGUAUGAAAAUGUUCUAUCUGUCUUGGAAGACUUAAACAUAACCAUACUGAAGGCAAUGGACAAAACAAAGAAAGACUAUCAGGAAGCUUCUAAUUUGGAGCAGUUUGUGACUCGCUUUCUGUUGAAGGAAACACUGAACCAGCUUCAGUCCCUCCAGAGCAGCCUGGAGUGUGCCAUGGAAACCACGGAGGAGCAGACCCGGCAGGAGAGACAAGGCCCAACAAAACCAGAAGUGCUCUCAAUUCAAUGGCCAGGAAAGCGCUCAGCUCGAAGGCUUCAGAGGAACAACAGCCUGUCGUUAAAUAGCCCUCAUUUUACCACAGGUUGGACUGAGGAAGACAGCCAGUGGAUGACCCAGAUAAACAGACUCCAAAAGCUGAUUGACAGGCUGGAAAAGAAGGACCUAAAGCUUGAGCCAUUUGAAGAGGAAGUUUUGGAAGAAAAUGCAAGAUCUCACAUAAUGAUUGUUCAACGUCAAAUGUCUGUGAUAGAAGAAGAAAUUGAGGAAUUCCGGCUUGCUCUGAAGCAGUACGUGGAAUCUGCUUCUACUCAGGGUGGCUGCUUGCAUGUUUCUGUACAGAAGCUUGCAAGUGACUGCCGCUUCAUUGUUUAUGAGUUCUGGGAGAACAGCAAUGCCUGGAAUAGCCACCUUCAAAUGAAUUACAGCAAGACAUUCCAGAGAAGUAAUGUGGACUUCUUGGAAAUUCCAGAGCUCAUCACAACAAUGCUAGUCCCUGCAUCAUGGUGGGUCCUCAAUAACAACUAGAAGCUGUGGUUCCAAGCAAUGUUAACAUCGCAUUGUUUUUCAUUACAGUAACAUUCAUAUAGCAGUGUACAGGUGUGCUGGAUUAUGAAGUUAUGAUGUGAUACUGUUUGUUAUUAUGGAUGUGAUCUUUUCCAUUUUAAAAUAUGGAAAACUGCACAUUAUUACCUUCUCUUCUUGUGACCAGUUCAGUGAAAUGAUGCAUUCUAAAAGCUGAAAUAAGACAAAUGUGCUAAACGGUUUAUUGUGUAUAUUCAGUCCAAACUGUCACAGAAAAGUGCAUCUUGAUUGUUAUGACUAAAUAUUUGUGAA